AAAUUUUAAAACGUUCGAACCACUGUAUUUUCUAUCAGUUCAGAUAAUACUGGAAUUUAGUUCGUAUCGAGUUUUAAAAUCUAAAAUGUAAGCGCAUAUUUUCCUGGGGUAUUUUUUUACCUGCGUUAUUUUGAAUUUCGUUCAUUCUACACUGAGUUUUUGAUCUGAGAGGACCAGAAAAGAGUCAUCUUAGUUACGUUAAUAUUUUUUUUUUAUUUAAUUUAGUUACUUUUUAUAUAACUAUUCAAAUCAAUAGUGAUAAAUUUUUAUUGAUAAAUAAUUACAUACGUGUAAAUAAUAUAAAAAGUGUAUACGUUAAGUAACAUUCAAAUUUUUAAAUUUAAAUAUGCAUUUAAAACGCUCGUGUCAACGAUUAUUCGGUAGAGCGAAAAAUUACAGCUCGUGUACUACAACCGGUUUUAAAUUAAAUCCUCGUCCAUUUAAGGAUAUUCCUGGACCAAAAUCACUGCCCAUUAUUGGGACGUUAUACAAAUAUUUACCUUACAUAGGUGAAUACAAUUUUACUAAAUUGCAUAAAAACGGUUUUAAAAAAUUAAAUAAGUACGGGCCGUUGGUAAAAGAAGAAAUAUUACCUGGUGUUAAUAUUGUUUGGGUCUACCGACCGGAAGAUAUUGCUGAAAUAUUUAAAUCUGAAAGUGGAAAACAUCCAGAACGGCGCAGUCAUUUAGCGCUUUUAAAGUAUAGGAAAGACAGAAGUGAUGUUUAUAAUUCUGGAGGUCUUCUACCAACAAAUGGGUCGGAGUGGUGGAGAAUAAGGAAAGAGUUUCAAAAAGCUUUGAGUAAACCACAAAAUAUCGUUAAUUACGUCAAUGUAAUUGAUGAUAUUGUAAGACAAUUUGUUAAAUUAUGCGGGGAUAAAAAAUACGAUGACCUUUUACCAUUAAUAUCACGUCUUUUUCUAGAAUUAACAUGUUUAGUUGCAUUUGACGUAUCGAUGAACAGUUUUUCCGAGGCUGAAAUGAAGGAAAAUUCUCGUAGUUCUAAAUUAAUUGACGCGGCAUUGACUAGUAACAGCGUAAUAUUAAAACUAGACAAUGGAUUGCAGCUUUGGAGAUAUGUAAAUACUCCGCUGUAUAAAAAAUUGUGUUCGAGUCAAAAUUUUAUGGAAGAAGUUGCUAUUGAAUUGGUGAAUAAAAAAAUAAAUGACAUGAAGAGUAAACCAGCGUCUGAAAAUGAAUCUUUGUUAGAAAUUUAUCUUAAGAACGAAAAUUUAGACGUGAAAGAUGUCGUGGGAAUGGCUUGCGAUAUGUUACUAGCUGGAGUUGAUACAACGAGUUACAGCGUUGCCUUUGGACUUUAUCACUUGGCAAAAAAUCUUAAUGUACAAGAAAAACUUCAGAGCGAAGCUUCGAGGCUUCUCCCCAACGAUGAUCCGAUAACCGCAACUACACUGCGAGAUGCCACUUACACCAAGGCUGUAAUUAAAGAAACUUUUCGUAUGAACCCAAUAUCCGUUGGUGUUGGACGAAUUUUAGCUGCGGAUACUGUGCUGAAUAAUUACCACGUUCCCGCUGGAACAGUUGUGGUCACACAAAAUCAAGUAACUUGUCGUUUACCAGAAUAUUUUAAUGAUCCCGAUUCAUUUAUACCCGAAAGGUGGUUACGGUCAAAUAUGAAUAAAAUAAAUACUGGAGUCUCUGUAAAUCCUUAUUUGGUUUUACCAUUCGGUCAUGGUCCUAGAUCAUGCAUCGCACGCAGACUGGCUGAACAAAAUAUUCAAAUGGUCUUCUUACGGUUAUUUAGAGAAUAUAAUUUAAAAUGGGAUGGAGGAUUACUUGACAACGUAUCACUGUUAAUAAAUAAACCAGAUUUACCAAUUAAAAUUCAAUUUACUCCAAGAAACAAUAAUUAAUUAAUCACGUG